CUAGAGGCCCUUUAGCAUCAUUCCAAUUCUAACGAUUUCAAUCUGUUCACUUUGUCGCGCAAACCAACUUGCUGGUGCGCAUUCCUCUCUACUUGCGAUCCUUGGUCUCCUUUCCAUAUCCACGAUUUCCUACUGUUGUCAGUAGCAGUUGCUUCUUCCCUUCAUCGCGUUCAAACAUUGGUGAAUCUGUUCGCCAGUCGACUUCUGCAGUGUCUGAAAGGGACAUGUCUUUGACCAGCUAUAUGGCCAACAUGUCCCCUCUCAGAGGCUAUAUCACAUCUUAUCCUCCACGUCUACGCCAAUAUGGAAACGCCUUACUUACUCCCGUAAUCGCCCCGAGCCAGGCCGGUCCGGCGCCGCGAACCAAGCGAGGAACUGCGGCCAUCAAUUAUGCAGAAGACGGCUUUGAUGAUGAGGACUUCGAAGACAGUGAAGGUCCUCGGCGUCCCACGGGGCUACGGAGUCUCCGACGAGAGGAUUCAACUUUCGACAAGGUCCCCUUGGCGGAAAAACUGGGGAAAGAGGUACAUGCUCCUGUGGAGGUUCAAGGGGUAUUCCGUGACUGGAUGAUCAAGCGAAUGUUGCGACCAGCCUGUGCCGAUCAAUUACAGAUCCAGGCGCAACUACCUCUCACCCUUAUACCCAUUCGAAUUGACUUGGAGGUCCCAGCACAUCAACCUCUCGAAGCGUUUCCCCAGCCGCGAACCAUGCUCGAUCCUGGAAUCACAACCACACUGCCUGCAUACAGAAAGCAGGACCCAUUACCAGCCUACCGAAUCAAGGAUACUUUUCUUUGGAACCUCCAUGAAGCUCUCGCCACCCCCGAAGAAUUCGCAAUCGGAUUUGUUCGCGACAUGGACUUACCCAACCCACAGGCGAUGACGAUGGCCAUCAGCAACCAAAUACGCCAACAAUUGGAAGAAUACGCCGGUGUUGCCCUGCAUCCCUUGUUUCAAAGCGUACCAAGCAAACCAGCUGCUUUGCCGUCGGCCAUAUCAAGGGACGUGUCUGCUACACCCACUCUAACCUACGCCGCUACCCCCGACAGCAGAGCCAACCAGGUGACGGUGACGAAGGAACCGUUGAUCAAUGACAGUUUAUUGAAUCCCGACGACGCAUACAGAUGCAUGAUCAAUCUGAACAUCAACUUGCAGAACAAACUGUACACCGACAAAUUCGAAUGGUCACUCCUGCAUCCUCCCGGCAUGGCGGAGGAAUUCGCUCGGAUCACCUGCGCGGAUCUAGGCCUCGGUGGAGAAUGGGUCGGAACCAUUGCCCAUGGCAUUUACGAGGCAGUACUCAAGCUGAAGAAAGAAGUGUGUGAAAGUGGCGGGCUGAUCAGUAGCAUGGGUGGCUACGGAAACGAGAUUGACAACCAAGCGGCUAAUGGGGCCGAGGCGGGCUGGCGAUAUGACCGUGAAGGACUGGGUGAUGAUUGGGAACCUAAGGUGGAAACACUGUCCAAGGAGGAAAUUGAGAAGCGCGAGGGCGACCGUGAGCGGCAAAUAAGACGUCUUCGGCGAGAGACUGCCAGAUUCUCUUCAACGGCAGGCAUCACCCCAGAGGCUUCUCGACAAGGAAGUGGCUAUUUCGAUGUCGACAGUGAAACUCCCUUGGGCAGAGGCGAGAGGAGCAAGCGCAAGAGGCGGUUCCGGAGUCUGAGCCCGGCUGGUAGGGGCGGAACGCCCGGAGGUCGAGGCACACCCGAUACCGGGUCUGGUGCAGGCUACGGUGGAGGUGGUGGAACACUUUCGGAAUGGGAGCGACAAAAUUGGCGGUGCACGAAUUGCUUGGUAUGGGGUACGGCAGUCUGGGCUGUACGAGACGGACCGACGGGCCCAAGGACGCUCUGUCACAAUUGUGGGUUGCUGUACGAACGGGAUAAGAUUGCGCCGGAGUGGUCAAGGGAUCUACAUCGUCAUGAUAUGCCAAUUGGACGGUAGUAUCUGGGGGGGUUUUUUUUUUUAGCAUGAGGUGAAUAUGACAGAAUCAGUGCAGAGAGACGAAUCACCUGACGGGGGAUGAAUUCAUGAUGAGGAACAGAUUAAUAUAUCUAAUAUAAC